UAAGGACAUUUCUAUUGAAACUACUGUCAUGUAUUUAAUUACACAUUUGUAGUGAUGAUGUUGCAAUUACAAUUACAAUAUACUGACUAUCGAAUAACACACUACAGCUAAAAUUAUAACCAUGUACUUUACAAGUGCUUAAGUAUGUUAGUCAACACAUCAAAAUGAGUGCACUUCUUUAAAACACGACAAAGGUUUUGAAACAUGAUUGAAAUUUCACCUUAAAAUAAAACUUUUAAAUUGACAAAGUGAACUUUUUAAAAGCUCUCUUUAAGUAAGUGGACUUUUAUUUAUUUUAAAUAUGCAUUUAAGAUUUGAAGAACACUACAAGUGCACAUUCAAUACAAUUAAGUGCACUUAAUCAAAUUAAAGAGGUCUGGAAAAGGCUGGGAAUGUUCUUAAACUAUGAUGUUGCUAUUUUCCCUUAAGACUGUAUUCUGGGACAGUCUUCAAGUUCUGCAAAGCUUCCAGGAACUAUGGCGACAAUUCCUCCAUGGAGUAUCCUGCUUUUCUCUUGACUUGGUGGCUAAAAAGAGUUAAAUAUCCUCAACACAUGAGGAAGAACCUCAACUAUUUGAAUAAUUCACCAACAUCCUCUUCCAAGUAAAUUAGAGCAGCUGCCAGUUAUUGUCUACACAUCAACAUGCAAUUUUCCACAGUCAUUUUUUUGUAGAAGAUCUCCAUCCAUCAUUGAGUUCCAAUCAUGUCAAACUCUCAAGAGCAGAGCCUCAAUGAGAAUGUCAUCUUCACUCCAUUGACGGAAUCCAGUCCGGACUUCUUGCACUGCGAGGAAGAGCGCUAUUGUGUGGAAAGCCUGGUAAGCUCUGGACCUGAGGCUUUCUACACCAAACUCCAUGGGGAAAAAAUCAGAUCGUUCUUGUCCACUGGCGAGGUGAACCAGAUCUCCAGCUGGGUCGAGGACUAUCAUCAAAGCGAUGCGGUACUGGAGGAUGGAAAUGGUGAGGUGGAGGUCGGUUCUGACGGAGACGACUUCUCCGGACAUUAUUUUCCCACAGAGUCUGACAUUCCGGCACCAUGCUUGGAACUAGGAUGGCCAGAAAGGUACAACUGGAUGGACACGGGUCAGGUUCAUGUGUACACCAAUCCUCCUACAGAACAGGAGCCCUCCAUACGGGUAGUCCUCAGGAGACUCUUACAAGGGGCCACUAGGCUGAUCGCCGUGGUAACAGAUAAAUUGUCGGACAAAGCGGUGGUUGGUGACCUCCAAAAUGCUGCAUCCCGAGGGGUUCCAGUGUACAUCAUUCUCAACAGAAGAUCCGCGGAGGAGAACUGCUCUUCGCAUCAGCUUCAGCAUCCGAAUAUCAUGGUGCGCAUUCUUGGAGGUAAAACGUUCCUGACGCAUGACACAAAGAUGGUUGUUGGAGAACUGAAGGACAACUUUGUGUUGGUGGAUCUGGAGACGGUGAUGUUGGGGAGCUACAGCCUUACCUGGAGCGAUGCUCACCUGCAUCGUCAGCUCGUCACCCUUAUGAGCGGCCCAGUCGUGGAAUCUUUCGAUCGUGAGUUUCGGACCCUCUACGCUGCCUCACUCCCAAUUCCAGAAUCAUGGAAAACUGAAAAACCAGCAACUGAACCCAAAAUAUAUAAUAAACUCCCACCCCUGCACAUAAACAGCAACAAAAUUGAACUCACUGACUACGUCUCCAAUCCUCCGCCUCCUCCUAUGGACAGCCCUCUGGACUGGGAGGCAAUGGGGGUCAUCAAGAGAUUCCCAGACAACCCUCUUAGUCCUGCACCUGAUGCUACGGAGAUGCAGUUCCAUCAUCGCAACCACCUGGACAGACAUCCAGGAGGAUGGGAGGUCUCCUACAAUGACUUUAACAGCAGACUGCUGCCUGGACAUCAAGAGGAGGGCAAGUUCAAUUCAAUGUUUCUGUCAGACUUUAGGCAUCCGGAAUAUCAAAGGCAAAGGCGGCAUUACUCUCCAGGAGAAAUGCAUAGCAAUGACUUGAUGAACAGGCAUCUGCAGAUACCUGACAGAAUCACGUAUCCUCUGAUGAAUCCUGAAAAUGAGGAGAGGUAUCCUGUGUACAAAUCCCGCAUCCACAGAAACGACAUGACAUCAGAGGAAGAGAUGAGACGAGAUACUUUCCUGAGGAGGGACAGAGUUUUAGGAGAUAAGAUAAACCCAGAAGGAACCACACAAUCCCAUCUAAAGUCGUCAGAUCUUUCCCGGAGCAAGACUUUCAGCACUUUGAGUGACAUUCUUAAACGGGUCAAUGCACGUGCCAGUUCUUCAGGACAGACUAGGGCAGAAAACCUAGCGCCAGGCAUCAGCAAAUCCACACUGGAGCUCAAUCUACAGCGUUCAGACACGGCAUCAACUGCUCGAACCACCAACUGUGACAAUCUGCCUCUGACUCCAGCUCUGGCACUUAUGAAAAAGAGAAACGAUGAUGUUAAAUCGGGACUGUUGAGGAACAUGCCCAGCGCGUUUUCAUCUGGAUUCAGAACUCCCGGCUUUGGCCUGCAGAGGGAGCAAUGGCGGUCUGCUUUCAGAAGCCAUAGAAGUGAGGAGGAGCACUGAUGUUAUGCAGGAAAGCCCAGACAAUGACAUCACCAGUGUUGCAAUAAUUCCCACGUAUUUAAAUAUGUAAAUAUUACUGUAAUAAGCAGCGCUGCAGGUACAAGGGGAGUUUCCUGCUUAUUUUUGAAAUAAAUAUUCAUCAGCAAUGAUGUCACACUUGAAGAAUAAGUCUAUUAACAUAUGCCUGAUUUACAUGUUUUAUUGAAAGAUGUGAUGGACUGUGUCAUGUCAUGGACAUAAUGUAUGAACUGUCAUAUUUUCUCAAUGAAAUGGGAAUUUAAAGGUCAAAUGUUUAUGCUGCCUACCAUUUAAGAAAUACCUUCAUUUAUAAAAUUGAAUAGCACAAAUAUUCUAAUAUGCUCAUUAAGUCAUCAUGAAAUUAUGUUUGCAGCUUGUUUUUCUUCAGUACAUCCAUCAGCUGCAAAGGAAAGCUGUUUCAGAGGAGCAGGUUAUUACAUUUUGAUUAAAGAUUACAAAGAAAGACCUUUAUAUUCUUUGGAAUAAUGUGCACUGAUGAAUCAUUCCAAAUAUGACCGGGAAAGUGUAAGGAUCAAAUUUAAUUUCAUGGUGAUUUUAAAUCAUUAGACCUUUCUGGACCGGACGGGCUGCUAAGAUUAAACAAAAUUCCACAAGUAUAAAAAAAAAGUUUGUUUUAUGAUAUAAUAGAAAAAUGUUUCUUAAAGGUACACUAUGUAACUUUUUUGUUUAAAAUAAACAAAAUUUCAAUAAUGAGUCAAAA